AUGGCCUCUGAGCUUGCAAGCAAGCUCGAGGCGACGAGUCUCAAUGACACAACUUCAGGCGACUGGAAAUCAGGGCUAAACGUACCUACAAAAGACGGUAGACAUCAGACAGAGGAUGUCACGGCAACAAAGGGCUUGGAAUUCGAGGAGUUCUACUUGAAACGAGAACUAUUGAUGGGGAUUUUCGAGGCGGGAUUCGAAAAACCAUCACCCAUCCAAGAAGAGACUAUCCCUGUUGCGCUGUCUGGCCGCGAUGUCCUUGCACGUGCCAAGAACGGCACUGGCAAGACGGCAGCGUUUGUCAUCCCAACACUCGAGCGAGUCGACCCGAAACUCGACAAGGUGCAAGCGCUUCUGCUCGUGCCGACUAGAGAGCUGGCGUUGCAGACAUCUCAAGUAUGCAAGACUCUUGGCAAGCAUUUGGGAAUCAAUGUGAUGGUGACCACCGGUGGUACCAGUCUCCGAGACGACAUCAUGCGACUCAGCCAGCCCGUCCACAUCAUCGUCGGCACUCCCGGGCGUAUUCUCGACUUGGCCGGCAAGGGCGUCGCUGACCUCUCCGAGGCAAAGACUUUUGUCAUGGAUGAGGCCGACAAGCUUCUCUCACCUGAGUUCACGGUUACUAUUGAGCAGCUGCUCAAAUUCCACCCUAAGGACCGCCAGGUCAUGUUGUUCUCCGCCACUUUCCCCGUAGUGGUCAAAGAGUUCAAGGACAAGCAUAUGAACGAUCCCCACGAAAUCAACCUCAUGGACGAGCUCACCCUCCGCGGUAUUACCCAGUACUACGCUUUCGUCGAAGAAAAGCAGAAGGUGCAUUGUCUCAACACUCUUUUCAGCAGACUGAACAUCAAUCAAUCCAUCAUUUUCUGUAAUAGCACCACGCGCGUGGAGCUGUUGGCCAAGAAAAUCACCGAACUCGGAUACUCGUGCUUCUACUCUCACGCUAAGAUGCUCCAGCAACACCGCAAUCGUGUCUUUCACGACUUCCGAAACGGGCAGAUGCGCAACCUUGUCUGCUCGGAUCUUCUUACCCGUGGUAUCGACAUUCAAGCGGUAAAUGUGGUCAUCAACUUUGAUUUCCCCAAAAACGCAGAGACUUAUCUCCWCCGUAUCGGUCGAUCUGGUCGAUUUGGGCACCUGGGUCUUGCUAUCAACCUUAUCAACUGGGAUGAUCGAUUCAACUUAUACAGAAUUGAGCAGGAGCUUGGGACUGAGAUUCAGCCGAUCCCACCAAUCAUUGAGAAGAAGCUUUAUGUCUAUGACGCUCCCGAGAACAUCCCCCGGCCCAUCAACACGGCCCCCCAACAACCAAACCCUCAGCAGGCUGGCAGACAGCAAGGAACUGGGCAGGACUUGAUCGACAAUCCUGCGAACCGAACAUCAGGCGGAUACCGCAACGGUCGAGGCGGCGGCGGCGGUGGCGGCUUCCAAGGCCAGGGUAGGGGAGGAGGAUUUCAAGGUCAGGGACGGGGCAGAGGUGGUCCUCGCAAUGAUCAGCAACACUAUGGCCAAAAUGGUCAGAACGGUAAUGGCUACCAAGGUCAGCAGAGACAGGGUGGCUACCCACAGGGCCAACAGAGGCAAGGCGGGUACCCAAAUCAACAACAACAGCAGAUGCCGCAGGCUAGCCCGUCGGCGCCGCCGGCAUAG